AUGGCUGCACUGGCAUUCUGGUUGAAGCUGCGGGGGUGGGUAGAUUUUACUAAGCAUUUUGUGAUAAGACAAACGCUCAAGGGCUUAUGGAAGGGGACCAAGACCCAGGACGCCAGGAGACCGGUUUCCAUUGCGCUCCUAGGAAAUUUGGUGUUUUCCCUCCUGGACCUUUGCAUUGAUGGCUACAAAGCAGGUUUGUUUGAGGUGGCAUUCUUGCUGGCCUUUUACGGUGCUUUCCAGAUUGGGGAGUUGGUCAGCGCUAACCGAGCACUUUCGGUUUGGGCUCCACAAGCUGGGACUGCAGGCGAGCCAGUUCGGAUGCACUCCUUUAGGAUAGGUACCGCUACGGAGGCAAUGAGGUUAGGUUUUGGGGACGAGCUUGUGAAGAAGGUGUCUGUCGUAGAGGUGUCUGUCGAUGAAGUGUCUGUGGGUGAGGUGUCUGUCAGAGAGGUGUCUGUGGGUAAGGUGUCUGUGUGUGAGGUGUCUGUUGGAGAGGUGUCGGUCGGUAAGGUGUCUGUGGGUGAGGUGUCUGUUAGAGAGGUGUCCAUGGGUGAGGUGUCUGUGGGUAAGGUGUCUGUCGGAGAGGUGUCUGUCAGUGAAGUGUCUGUCGGAGAGGUGCCUGUUAGUGAGCUGUCAGUCGGUGAGGUGUCUGUUGGUGAAGUGUUUGUCGGAGAGGUGUCUGUCGGAGAUGUGACUGUCGGAGAGGUGUUUGUUGAUGAGGUGUCUCUUGGAGAGGUGUCUGUGGGUGAAGUGUCAGUCAAUGGGGUGUUUGUGGGUGAGGUGUCUGUCGGAGAGGUGUCUGUGGUUUCUGUGGGUGAGGUGUCGAUCGGUAAGGUGUCUGUCGGAGAGGUGUUUGUCAGUGAGGUGUCUGUGGGUGAGGUGUCCGUUGGAAAGGUGUCUGUGGUGUCUGUGGGUGAGGUGUCUGUUGGAGAGAUGUCAGUCGGUGAGGUGUCUGUGGGUGAGGUGUCUGCCGGAGAUGUGUCUGUCAGAGAGGUGCCUGUCGGAGAGGUGUCUGUCGGAGAGGUAUCUGUGGGUGAGGUGUCUGUCGGAGAGCUGUCUGUCGGAGAGGUGUCUGUGGGUGAGGUGUCUGCCGAAGAUGUGUCUGUCAGAGAGGUGUCUGUCAGAGAGGUAUCUGUGGGUGAGGUGUCUGUCGGAGAGCUGUCUAUCGGAGAGGUGUCUGUGGGUGAGGUGUUUUUUGGUGAGGUGUCUGUUGGUGAGGUAUCUGUUGGUGUGGUGUCUGUUAGAGAGGUGUCUAUCGGAGAGGUGUCUAUCGGAGAGGUGUCUGUGGGUGAGGUGUCUGUCGGAGAGCUGUCUGUCGGAGAGGUGUCUGUGGGUGAGGUGUCUGUGGGUGAGGUCUUUAUCGGUGAGGUGUCUGUUGGUAAGGUGUCUGUUAGAGAGGUGUCUGUCAGAGAGGUGUCUGUGGGUGAGGUGUCUGUCGGAGAGCUGUCUGUCGGAGAGGUGUCUGUGGGUGAGGUGUCUGUGGGUGAGGUGUUUAUCGGUGAGGUGUCUGUGGGUGAGGUGUUUAUCGGUGAGGUGUCUGUUGGUGAAGUGUCUGUUAGAGAAGUGUCUGUCGGAGAGGUGUCUGUUGGUGAGGUGUCAGUCAGUGAGGUAUCUGUGGGUGAGGUGUCUGUUGAUGACGUGUCUGUCGAUGACGUGUCUGUGGGUGAGGUGUCUGUGGGUGAGGUGUCUGUAGGAGAGGUGACUGUCAGCGAGGUGCCUGUGGGAGAGGUCUCUGUUGGAAAGGUGUUUGUCGGUGAGGUGUCUGUUGGUGACGUGUUUGUCGAUGAGGUGUCUGUCGGUGCGGUGUCUGUGGGUGUGGUGUCUUUCGGAGAGGUGUCUGUGGUGUCUGUGGGUGAGGUAUCUGUUAAAGAGGUGUCAGUUGGAGAAGUGUCUGUGGGUGAGGUGUCUGUGUGUGAAGUGUUUUUCGGUGAGGUGUCUAUCGGUGAGGUGUCUGUGGGUGAGGUGUCUGUGGGUGAGGUGUCUGUGGGUGAGGUGUCUGUGGGUGAGGUGUCUGUGGUUGAGGUGUUUGUUGGUGAGGUGUCUGUUGGUGAGGUGUCUGUUAGAGAGGUGUCUGUGGGUGAGGUGUCUGUCAAAGAGGUGUCUGUCGGAGAGGUAUCUGUGGGUGAGGUGUUUGUCGGAGAGCUGUCUGUAGGAGAGCUGUUUGACGGAGAGGUGUCUGUGGGUGAGGUGUUUUUCAGUGAGGUGUUUGUCCGUGAGAUGUCUGUUGAGGUGUCUGUGGUGUCUGUGGGUGAGGUGUUUGUUGGUGAGGUGUCUGUGGGUGAGGUGUCUGUCAGAGAGGUGUCUGUAGGUGAGGUGUCUGUCGGAGAGUUGUCUGUAGGUGAGGUGUUUGUUGGUGAGGUGUCUGUGGGUGAGGUGUCUGUCGGAGAGGUGUCUGUAGGUGAGGUGUUUGUUGGUGAGGUGUCUGUGGGUGAGGUGUCUGUGGGAGAGGUGUCUGUGGGUGAGGUGUCUGUCGGAGACGUGACUGUCAGUGAGGUGUCUGUUGGAGAGCUGUCUGUCGGAGAGGUGUCUGUGGGUGAGGUGUUUUUCGGUGAGGUGUCUGUCAGAGAGGUGUCUGUGGGUGAGGUGUCUCUUGGUGAGGUUUCUGUCAAUGAGGUGUCUGUGGGUGAGGUGUCUGUGGGUGAGGUGUCUGUCGGAGAGGUGUCUGUCGAUGAGGUGCCUGUGGGUGAGGUGUCUGUGGGUGAGGUGUCUGUCGGAGAGGUAUCUGUGGGUGAGGUGUUUGUCGGAGAGCUGUCUGUCGGAGAGCUGUUUGACGGAGAGAUGUCUGUAGGUGAGGUGUUUUUCGGUGAGGUGUCUGUCGGUGAGGUGUUUGUCGGUGAGAUGUCUGUUGGUGAGGUGUCUGUUGGAGAGGUGUCUGUGGUGUCUGUGGGUGAGGUGUCUGUUGGAGAGGUAUCAGUCAGUGAGGUGUCUGUGGGUGAGGUGUAUGUCGGAGAGGUGUCUGUAGGUGAGGUGUCUGUCGGAGAGGUGUUUUUCGGUGAGGUGUUUGUUGGUGAGGUGUCUGUGGGUGAGGUGUCUGUGGGUGAGGUGUCUGUCGGAGAGGUGUCUGUGGGUGAGGUGUCUGUCAGAGAGGUGUCUGUCGGAGAGCUGUCUGUCGGAGAGGUGUCUGUGUGUGAGGUGUUUUUCGGUGAGGUGUCUGUCAGAGAGGUGUCUGUGGGUGAGGUGUCUGUUGGUGAGGUUUCUGUCAAUGAAGUGUCUGUGGGUGAGGUGUCUGUUGGAGAGGUGUCUGUCGAUGAGGUGCCUGUGGGUGAGGUGUCUGUAGGAGAGGUGUCUGUAGGAUAG